GAAAUUCUGCUGACAUCAUUGACUUUUCUCAGAUUCCUUUCCUUCGGGCUCCCUCUCCUCUCACUUUCUCCUUUCUCUAGUUCAUUCAGGACCCCGAGUUGGCUGUUAAUUCCUUGUUCUGUUAUGACAACAUCUAAAAAGAAGUCUGCAUAUAUUGAUCUUUGCAGGUUCAGCCUAGCCAGAUAUGGAGAGACUUAUCACCUGAUAAUGUUGGAAAUGUGACCUUUGACUUGGCUAUCUGCACUCUAAAUGAGAUAGCAAGCUAUUGAAAAUGGAAGGCAUUCGCAUCAAUAUGUCAAGCACACCUCUUGUGAAUCACUCAACUAAUUCUGAACUGAAGACAAAGAGACCUCGGGUCAUGUCAAAAAAUGGACACAGCAAUGUGAGGAUUGACAAAGUUGAUGGCAUCUACUUACUUUACCUUCAAGACUUAUGGACAACAGUUAUAGACAUGAAGUGGAGGUACAAACUCUCCCUAUUUGCUGCCACUUUUGUGGUGACCUGGUUCCUAUUUGGAGUCAUCUAUUAUGUGAUUGCAUUUAUUCAUGGGGAUCUGGAACAGAGUGAGCAUUCCCCAAAUCAAACAGCCUGCAUUAUGAAAGUCAACUCCUUAACUGGGGCAUUUCUCUUUUCUCUUGAGUCUCAGACAACCAUUGGAUAUGGUGCCCGUUUCAUCACUGAAGAGUGUCCUCAUGCCAUUUUCUUGCUGGUUACUCAACUGGUUAUAACAACCUUGGUUGAGAUCUUUAUCACUGGCACUUUCCUGGCCAAAAUUGCAAGACCUAAAAAACGGGCUGAGACCAUUAAGUUUAGCCAUUGUGCUGUCAUUACCAAGCAUAAUGGGAAGUUAUGCCUGGUGAUUCAAGUGGCCAACAUGAGGAAAAGUCUUUUGAUCCAAUGCCAGCUUUCUGGCAAGCUCCUCAAGACUCACCUUACCAAAGAAGGGGAAAUGAUACUACUCAACCAAGCAACUGUCAAGUUUCAUGUGGAUUCUUCUUCUGAAAGUCCCUUCCUCAUUCUACCCAUGACAUUUUAUCAUGUGCUGGAUGAGACAAGCCCCCUGAGAGAUCUGACAUCACAAAACCUGAAAGAAAAGGAGUUUGAAUUAGUGGUUCUCCUCAAUGCCACCGUGGAGUCCACUAGUGCUGUCUGCCAGAGCCGAACAUCUUAUAUUCCAGAGGAGAUCUAUUGGGGAUUUGAAUUUGUACCUGUGGUAUCUCUCUCAAAAAAUGGAAAGUAUGUGGCUGAUUUUAGUCAGUUUGAAGAAAUCCGAAGAAGUUCAGACUGUACAUUUUAUUGUAUAGACCCAGAAAAACAAAAACUUGAAAUGAAAUACAGAGAAGAAGAGCAGAGAGAGAGGGAACUUAGGACAAUUUUGUUGCAACAGAAUAAUGUCUGAUUACAUUGGAAUCUAAAAAUCUAACUUUACAAGCUGAUUCUCCAGAUUAUGAAAGGGUAGGAAUUUAUAGAAUGUAAGCUCUUAAAAGGUAGAAACUGUAUCACUUCUGUCUUGGUGGCUCCAGCCCCUGAUACAGUGUCUUGCACAUAGUAGGUACUUAAUAAAUGCUUGUUGAAUUAAGUCAUUCUAUCUUCUAUGAGGCUACUAAUUAUAAAUAUUUGGCAAUGACAUCAAAAAAGUCAUUAGGUAGAAAAAAUUGAUUCUUUCUUUAUAUCUGGUCAAAUAAAAUAUUUUUCUCCAUGAAAUAUUUUUCUCCACUUCCCUCCUGGGUGCACUUA